GAACCAACUAUAACUGAGGAAUUCAACAAUUUUAUGAAGUUUAUGCUAGAUGACAAAGAUACAGAGAAAAGAAUGUUGCCUGAAUAUAAUCCUUGACUCUGUUCCAUUUGUGUGUUACAUAUCCAACUAUGACAGAGGAGAUGCAGAAAUUCAUGAACUGCAUCUUAGAUGACAAAGAACCAACUGUGAUGAAUGAGGUGAUUCAGGAAUGUAUUACCAAUAUCUUAUAUUUUCCUAAACCUCAUUUGCAACUGAAUCCAUGUCUGAAGUGGACGUGUCCUUGUCAGUUAUUCCAACAGAGGGCGGCACAGAAAGUGACACCAGGAAACGCUCCUUUGAAUUUGCUUCUUUAGAAAAUAAAGAUGACAACCUGGCAAAGCAGCCACGAAAACUUGCUGCUUUGCAAAACGAAAAAGUUAAAAGACCGCCAAAUGGUUUUAUAAUUUACUCUAAUGAAUGGAGAAAGAAACUGGCUGCCCUGUUCCCUGAUGAAAACAACAACCAAAUCAGCGUGAGACUUGGCGGAAUGUGGAGGGCGAUGAAGGUAGAAGACAAAGAAGAAUAUUUUGCCCUCGCACGCCAGGCAGAUUCACAGCACAAGUUGAAAUAUCCCGAGUACGUCUACAACCCCGAACAGGCACGAGAACAGAAGCGCCUUCGGGACAAGGCCCGCAAAGCCAAAUUACGACGGUCAAGACGCCAGUCGAAGAAGCGACGCCUCAAAACGGCGCAGACCACCAGCGCCCGUCUGCUACCUGCCCCUGAACACCAAUGGGGAGGAACCACAGGCACACAAGGAUUCUUGGAAACCCCUGAAGAAGCCGACAUCCACCACACCACGGCGCAGACCAACAGCGCCCGUCUGCUACCUGCCCCUGAAAACCAAUGGGGAGGAACCCCUGAAGAAGCCGACAUCCACCAGUUCUUUGACGAUGAGAUUCCAGAAUUGGACGAUUUUCAACGCGCAUCGUUCAUCGCCGAAGUCAUGAAAAUACCAUUUUAG